AUGAGCGCCCAGCUAGCCCGCCAACUCGCGCCCGACCCACCGUCUCCUCUUCGGCUUCGCACUCGGACAGGCGGUCUGCUCGCGGCCGGCUCGAAGCUCAGGAAACGGGUCGCAGAGGCGGACAGGCGUACUCGGCUCUUUGGGCCAUCUGUACGGAUUGAUGGGCAUGAGAAGGAGGUGCUUGCGGUUGAACCGGACGAGCGGCGCUCGCGCGCAUCGAGCGACUCGCGCAGUUUUGCGGAGAGCACGUCGUUGAAGUUUACGGAGCAGCUGGAGGAGGCGGAAGCCGGGUUCGUUGAGCGGGAUCCGGUCGGAGGACUCGGCAGACAGCCUUACGGGCGAGACGGACCGUACUUCGUUUCGUACUCGCAUGACUCGCUCGACUGGGACGCCCUCAUCACCUCCGCCCUCAUUCACAGCCCGCUUGAAGGCUCGCCAGCUUUCGCCUCCGCCUCUCCAGAUCCGCGCCCAGUACCAAAGCGGGUGCUCGACAUCGGCUGCGGCAUAACGCCUUUCUGGAUCCUAGAGAUGGCGAACAAGGAGGCUUGGGAGGAAACCGAGUUUGUCGGCCUCGACGUCGCCCCUUCGUCCGUUACGAUCGAUCUACCCGCAAGUAUGGACUCGCGAAUCAGCUUCAUCCAGACCUCCUUUCUCUUACCUCUGCCGUUUCGCGCUGAGUUCGACUAUGUGCGGGUAGCACACGUCAACCUCGCCUUACAAGAGCAAGACUGGACUAGCCUGCUCGACGAAGCGUUGCGAGUGCUCAAAGCCGGAGGCUUACUCGAGGUCGUCGAGCAGGACCACUCGACUUGGCUAUCCCGACCAGAUCCCUCGACCCCUUCGUCUUCUCGCGCCGCGCAACAUCCUAUAGACGACAUCUUCACGCAUGCCUUUCGCGCCGACUUCAUCAAUCCGCGCCCGUUGUCCGUCUUACCCGCCAACUUUGCCAUGGCGGGCAUCAGUUUCUCCAGCACCGGCCGGAUAGCCUUGCCAAUGUCGACAUCGUCGGUAGCGCAGCGCACUUCGCUCCUGACAAGCGCCGCUGGUGACGAGGUGCCGCUGCUCUCGAAGUAUGUGCCGGGCAGAACGAGUCGGCCGAUCUUGCGGGAAGAAGACGCCUACCUCUUCCUCCACGCCUACGCAAACCGAUGGGCUUCAUCGUCGUACGGUCUCGCCGACGCUGCUCUCGCCGGCAAGCAGAAGGAGGUACUCUCGUCGACUUUGCGCCGCGCACCUGCCGACUUCGACGAUGCGCAAUCCGUCCACUCCUCCCUACAUCCCGCGCGCAACAGCGACAGCGAACGACUAGAACUUCAAGGUCGUGUACACGACUGGGCCGCCGAUUUGCGCGACCGAGCCGACCUCGCCUCGCUCAUCACCACCCGGCUGAACUGGCGGCCAACCUUCGAGCACGCCCUCCUCUCUGCGCUCGAGAUGAACCUGCCCGUAUACGAGAAGCAAUUCGAGGUACUCGAGCGAAAGAAGGAGAUGGCCAUGGAUGUGUUUGGCGAGGUCGAGGCGGAGCAGGAGAGUCGGAUCGCGCAGGUCAAGUCGGCAAGGCGGGAGGUCGAGGCGGAACUAGGGCUUGUAAGGCGACGGCUGGGACUCGAUUCUCACGAGGCCGUCGAAGAAACGCUGGGCGCACUCGAGAUGGAGGUGUUUGUAGCGAAGGCGGACGGAUGA